UAAGAAGCCUCCUCUUGCUUUGUCCCGUCACGCCGCUAUCACAGUCCUGAUCACUCCGUAGAAGCUGAGAACACAGAAAGAAGAAGCCAUGAGGAACACACUGCUGAGGAUGCUGGCCGCCCUGAUGUGUGUGCUGGCUGCCUGCGCAGACGUCAUGCCUGUAAAAGACUUCAACAUGGAGAAGAUGGCAGGCAAGUGGUACCUGACUGGCUUUGCUUCAAAUGCUCAGUGGUUUGUGAACCACAAGGCAAACAUGAAGAUGGGGACAGCUCGCUUAACACCAACUGAUACAGGAGACCUGGACCUCUCUUACGCCAAUCUGAAUGCUGAUGGCUCUUGCUGGAGAAUGACUCACCUGGCUAGGAAAACUGACACUCCUGGACGCUUCACCUUCCACAGCCAGGCUUGGAACAAUGACAACGACAUGCGCGUUGUUGAUGUUGUUUAUGACGACUACGCCGUGGUCCACACCAUCAAGACGAAGGAGGGAGUGUCCGAGGUCCUCAACAAGCUUUACAGACGCACUCCCGACACCAGCGCUGUCCUACAGCAGAAGUUCACACAGUUCUCUUUGGACAGCGGGAUCCUCCCUGAGAACAUCGUUAUCCUGCCCAAGAAUGGUGAGUGUCCUGAUGCCUGAGGAAUCUAAUCCUCCAUCUCAGAGGCGUUUCACCCCUGACCCUGUUUCUCCAACCGCUACCCCCCACAGUCAAUUUUGAAGCUUCACCAAAAGCUACACCUCGGACAAUGAAACUCAAGCAUUUCACUUUAUUCUCUGCUGCACACCAAAGACCAACCCUGAUCCUAGUUGAGACCUCGUGCUCGUGAAGACGUGCAUUAACUGAGGCGUCAGAGGGGAACAAUAAAGGGCUGAUUGUGAGACAAAUAAGGGAAUGAAUUAAACUACACUGCUAAAAUUGUCUUUUGUAACUGCUGAUUUCUUUUGUAGAGUUUUUCUAUUUUCCAAUGACCCUCGAAGCCAAUAAAAUUGCUAAAAUGUU